AUGACAACGACUAUGAUGUUACGAAAUGCUGGCUUUAUGAAAAGCAGACUUCCGGGAUUUGCUGAAUUAGUGAAAUCUGGUUUGUCAGUGGUCACUGUCUCUAGAAAUUAUCAGAUUAGCAGUAAUUUGAAAAGAGAGUUUCAAUACAAUCGUAAUGGAGCAACUGGCCGUGAUAAAGGCUAUUACUCUAGGGAUAAUAGCCACAGUUUUGGUCGUCAUGGUGGUAGAUUCGCAAGGAAAGCUCCUGUUGAAGAUAAAGAUCCAGAUUCAUUAGAUGCCAAAAAUUUUACAAAAGUUGUGGUUAUGCCUAAGUUAGAGAAUGAAGUAGAGGUUACUUUAGAUCAAUUGAAAGAUGAAAACAUUAUUGAUACUAUGUUACAUCUGUCUAUUUCUAGAAUGGGAUUUCCAAAUUUAACCGCGGUACAACAAAAGACUAUUAAGCCAAUUUUGGAAAAUGAAGAUAGAGAUGUAAUUGCUAGAGCCAAAACUGGUACCGGUAAGACUUUUGCAUUUUUGAUCCCAUUAUUCGAACAUUUGAUAAGAACCAGAAGGGAAUCACCAGAUAUGGUGAAGGCAGUUGUGUUAGCUCCAACAAGAGAUUUGGCUUUACAAAUUGAACAAGAAGUUCAUAAAAUUCAUAGUAAUAACUAUGCUUUGAAAAAAUUUGGAUGUAUGUCUGUAGUUGGGGGUACGAAAUUUGGCCAAUCUCUAUUCCAAUUGAAGAAAACCAGACCAAACAUUAUCAUCGCCACUCCAGGUAGAUUUAUUGCCACUGUCGAAGCUGUAGGAGCAGAAUAUUUCAAACAUGUCGACUUUAAAGUAUUAGAUGAAGCUGAUAGAUUAUUAGAAAUUGGUUUCAAAGACGAUUUAGAAUAUAUCUCAACCUCUCUAAACGGAUUGAAUGAUGUUGGUAAAGACCAUAUCAGAACUUUAUUAUUUUCUGCCACAUUAGAUGAAAAAGUUCAAACUUUGGCCGAUGAUGUUAUGAAUAAAUCAGAAUGUUUAUUUUUAGAUACUGUUGAUAAAAAUGAACCAGAAUCUCACGAGAAAAUUGAACAAUCUUUGGUGGUCUCACAGAAUUUUGCUGAAAGCACUUAUGCUGUAAUCGAUCAUUUAUUGAAACAAACAAAAAAUGUUCCAAAUUAUAAAGCUAUUUUAUUCACACCAACUAUCAAAGCUACAAAAUUCCUAUCUAAUCUUUUAAAAAAAUCACUACAUCGCUACCCUGUUUAUGAAUUCCAUGGUAAGAUCGAUCAAGCAAAGAGAACAAGAAUUGUUGGUUCUUUCAAGGGAGCACCAGCGGGUUUAUUGGUUUGUACUGAUGUUGGUGCUCGUGGUAUGGAUUUCCCAAAUGUUACAGAAGUUUUACAAUUGGGUGUUCCAUCUGAAUUAUCAAACUAUGUCCAUAGAAUUGGUAGAACCGCUAGAGGUGGUAAAGAAGGUGCGUCUGUUAUAUUCUUAUCAGACAGUGAAUUAGGUUUAAUUGAGAAUUUAGAGAAAGAGAAAAACAUCUCCAUUGAAAAUAAAUCUAACUAUGAACCAAGUAGUGAAAUAAUGGAAAAUGUUGAAAAAUUAAUUGAAUCCGAAGAAGAAUUAGCAGAUGUACUAAUCAGUGUUAUCUCCUUCUAUAGAGGUAACUCAUCUGUACUAGGUCUAGAUGAAAACAAGGCUUUUAUGUCAAUUGCUAGUUCAUAUGGUACGUUUUUGAAAGAUCCUACUCAAAAAAUCCCUAUUUACAAUAAAGGAAUGCUUGAAAAAAUCGGUCUUGUAAACAACACAAUUAGUAGCGAAAUGUUCGAUUUGAAAGGUGAUGCAUCUGAUCAUAUGGAAAGAUUAGCCAUGAGUAGAUCUAGAUCACCAAAUAGAAAAUUUUCAAGAAAUAAAUCAUUCAAUCCUUCAAACAAAUACGGUAACUAUAAGAGUAACAAUUACAGAAACUUCAACAACAGAGAUUCAAGAGGUGAAGAAGAUUACCAAUACAAAAGAAGUAACAGAUUCAGAGAACGUUUUUAG